UUCGUAUUUGUCUCAUCUGUCCCGCUUCUCCGCCCGUCGUCCCUCGGUCACGCUCGUCCUUUGGCGAGUCCUUGGCCUGCUUGCAUCAGCGCCGUUGCCGACUUUUGUUGCGCUUGGCUGACCCGGGCUUCGUCCGGAUAUCUGCGUAUAGCCUCCCAGCAGCCCCCCCUCAGAUCUCCCCCGGCAGCACCGAUCACUCAAACCCGAGCGACACAGCCUUUCGCCAAACGACUGUUGACGGCUUCCGGCUCCGGCUGCCCCAUCACCAGGCCCUGCUCCUCUUCGUUACUCAAGCCGCCUCGAUCGCAUUCCACCAUCGGCUCGUUCGUCCAAGUCCAUUUUUCGCCUGCCAAGCCGACGCCAUGAGCACCACCAACAAGGUCGUCCUUAAAAUCGUCAUCAUCGGUGACGGCGGAGUGGGCAAGACCUCUCUCCGAAACCAGUUCAUCCACAGCCGGUUCACCCACGCCUACAAGGCCACAAUCGGCGCAGACUUUAUCACCAAGGACAUCGACGUCGACGGCAAGUCCGUCCAUAUUCAAAUAUGGGACACUGCAGGACAGGAGCGCUUCCAGAGCCUGGGCACUGCCUUCUACCGUGGCACUGACGCCUGCAUCUUGGUGUACGAUGUUACCAGCGCCUCGUCCUUCAACAACCUUGCUCGCUGGAUCCCAGAGUUCCUCAAGUACGCCAACAUAUCCGACCCGACCCGGUUUCCGUUCCUCCUGGUCGCAAACAAAGUCGACUGCGACCCAGUCGCCAGAGCCGUAUCGAAGCAGCAGGGAUGCGACAUGGCCCGGACGCUCAAGAGACUCUGCGAAGAGGAGCACCGGCGCUGGAUGGCACUGGCUUCUCCGUACGGCAAUCUCUCAAGCUCGGUGGCACGCAAGCCCAGCCUGCGGGGCCGCGGCGACACUUACUCCGCAAAGACUGGGCUCUCGGAUCCGCCGAGUCUCGUCUCGCCGCGGCUGCGACCAGAGGGCAACCUCAGAAAGCGAGGCUCGCUGCAGAGCUUUCUCGGCGAUCGACCACCAACGCCUCUCUAUCCUCCGGCCCAGUCCGUGGUCCCGCCUUCGAGCGAGUCGGGCUCGUUACUAUGGUCUGUUGUUCGCCCAAUCUUGGGCAACUCCUCCAAACCCAGCAGCGUCCAGACGAUCCCCAUGAAAUCCACACGGGAACACGACCUUGCCCAGAAGCACUCGGUGGCCUCCAUCCAGUCCAACUCAACCUACAUGACUGCCCUCGACCAAUUUGAGACAUCCUCGAGUGCUCCAUGGGAUCCAAGCCGGCGCCGCAGCAUCGAUUCCAAUGCGAGCUGCGAGCUCGACGAUGGCGACAUUGACUUGGCUCGCACAUCGGUGCGUCGGAAGCCGUCGCUGGGAUCCGAUGUGCUUCUCGAGGAGCCACCGAUCAACACAUCGUUCUAUCACCCUCCGACUUUACCAAGCGUCAACGUCAUGCGGACACCUUCGUUUUCCAAACAGAGAGGCCCGCUGGGCAAAAAGUCAACCCAGCGGUCCGGGCUCGGCAACGGCUCCACCUCGGUUCCCGCUGUGUCGAUGCUUCCUCCACCGACCCUGCCGAUACCUCAGCGGCAGCAGCCCGGCAUCCGAUCAGUCUCGCCCGAGCCCGUGGCGGCACCGCCAUCUGUGUUUGCGCCAUCGGAGCCCCUUCCGUUCUUCGAAGCGAGCGCCAAGACCGGUGAGCAAGUCGAGGACAUCUUCGUCUUCCUUGCAAGACACGUCGCUCUUCCGGCCGAAGCAUUCGACAUGACAGUCUCGGAGACCAUCCGAAUCGAAGAGGCUAUUGCACCACGGUGGAAUCAAUCAUGCAAUUGCUGAUCAGUCCGAUUCCCGCAACAAGUGACCGUGUCCCUUUGACCCACACAUCUCGCAUUUGGGUGUCGCUGGAGACCCUGAAAGAGGCGUCGCUUGGCGAUUUGUUUGAGCGAAAUGCAAUUUUUGUUAAUAAAAUAUAUGUUCUCAGUUUGGUUGCUCAGAACAUAGUCCGCUUCUG